UUCAAAAUAAAAUAGCAUGUAACCGCAAAGUGUUGAUGAUUUUCUUAUAUAACAGGUAAAGAUUCAUCCUAUAGCAUAGCUAAGACGUAUUUUCAGUUUUCCUGUCUUAAGUAGAAACCAUUUUCUAUUGAAAAGAUUUGAUUCCUCUACAGGGUAUAUUCGUCUAUCUUGCUUGGCAAAAGAGAAUAGUUUCCGGUAAUUAUUAGAAUAUCCAAAUGGAAUGCAGAAUUUAGUGAAUGUAAUUAAGUGAAACAUCAUUCAUAUAGAUAUUAAUUCAAUUCAACUAUACCAAUUGGGUUUAUGAUCAAACUUUCAAUGCAGUAAUGCCAAUCUUUUCAAAAGAGAGGAAAUAAAUUUAAAUUUUGAUUAAGAAAAAUAAAUUAGAAGAAUUUCAGAGAUUUUUAUAAGAAUUAGAAGUUAGAUAGGAAUGGGAACCAAAAGAAGCAGAAUAUGUACCAAAUAAAGAUAUGAUUAAAUUAUUCAUUGUCUUUGAAACUCAAGAAGAUGCUUAAUAAGCAUUUAGUAAAAUUUAACAAUCUAAAUCAAUUGUAAUGAAUUCUAUUUAUAUGAAUAUAGUAUGGUAUAUAAAAUGCGAAAAUGGAAGAAGUUGAUUAUUUUACUAAAUUUUUAAGUAUUGUAGCACAUAAAUAACAAUAAUUUUAAGAAUAAAGAAUGAAUAAUAUGAGAAAUUAUGAUGAGAAUCAGAAUUAAUAUUAAAUUAAUUCUUAAUAAUAAUAUUAAUAAUAGUAUUAAUAAUAAUACUAAUAAUAAUAACAUUAAGAAUAAUAAUAAUAAUAAUAACAAUAAUAAUAAAAAUAAUAAUAACAAUAAUAAUAAACAUAAUCAUAUUAACCUGAAUAAACUUAAUAAAUUUAAUAAAUUUAAUAGCAAUCUCUAGAAUAUUAAUAAGAAUAAUAAUUAUAUGAUUUUACAUCUUCAGAUAUUGUUAGCCAAAGACUUAAUUAAAUUAGAACAAAAGAUAAAGUUGAAUUAAACUUUGCUCCAUUAUAAGAUCAAUAAUUCUAAUUUUCAUUUGUACCUAUACUCUAUCCUCAAUAAGAUGUAUAAUUAUCAGAGAUAAAUAUUGAUUCAUAAAAAUUGACAGAACAAGAACCAAUCUAAGUUGAAAUACAACAAGAGUAAACAAUUAUUGAAUAGCCUAUCCUAUAACCAGGGUAGAUAUAAACAAGAGAGACAGAAUCAAACAAAGAAAAUUCUGUUGAAAAAAAUCAUGGUAGGAAGUAUGAUGAAGGAAGAAUUGAAUAUCAUCAAAAGCCUUAUUAUCAAAAUAGAUAUCAAGUAUUUAUUAGAAUAUAAAAUUUUAGUAAAAGAGAAGACCAAAUAAUGAUUCACAUUACCAUUCAAACAAAUAUUAUGAUAAUUCAAAUAAUAGAAAACCAUAAUAGCAUUACAGUAAUUUAACAUUCUAAAUAUCCUAGAUAGAUUAGAAGAUGAUUUGAGAGAGUUUACUGGAUAUAAGAAAUAUCAAUAAAGACCAUAGAAGGAAUAUUAUGAGCCAAAGAAGGAAUCCUGA